CGUACGGCACUUUCCGAGGUCUCUCACUCGAGGAGUAACGCGCGCACGUACCGCACACGUUCCAGGAGGUUGUCGGGUUUUUUAGUUUUGUUCAGCGAGUUUUCGAGUGGUUCCGUUGAUUGAACAUCGAGUAGUUCGUAGAUCGACCGGCUGAUCCUGCGCAAGGAUCGUGGCGCAGAUCGUCGGAUCGUGUUGUUGGAGUUUCUUGUGGGGUGUUGUGUCUGCUUGAAGAACAAUCAAAAGUGUGUUUAAUUGGAUAAUUACGGGCGAUGUGAAGUCAAGCAGUUGAAGCAGACUUGAAACGUCGACGACUUCACGGAACGUAGAAGAAGAGAGGAAGGAUUCGCAGUGGAUUACGCGAAGUGAGGGAACAAACAACAAAGGGUAGCAAGGUGUAUAGCGUCAAGGUGUACUAAUUGGUAAUGUGACAAAUAGUUAAGCGGCUUAUUCGUGUUCAGCGCGGAAGACGUAUUAAUCAGUGAGUAAACACCUGGAUUCAACGGAGCAAUGUGAUCGGAGUUGUGCUGAAGGAAGAGCGAUCAACUAGUGGCAAUAAACAGCAAUCGUGAAGUGAUGAGAACGUGCAAGCUGGAUUCAGCUAAUUAGAAAAGUAUCAACAAAUCAGAACAAAGACCUGCAGGUCGACAUCAAGUGAAGUGGACAAAGCAUCUUCGUCGAAGAGAAUCCUACCGAAGAAUCCUUGGAAAGUUGAAGCAGAACCAUGGAGUCAGACGGAGAACGUGACAACGGUUACGGUCAUUACAACUCACCACAGCAUCCUCAGUCGGCAGCCCAACAGAGCUACCACCGAUCAUACGAGGACUACAUGCAGCAACAACAACAACAGCAAAACCAGCAACAGAGUCAACAGAACCAGUCAUCACAGGCCAGUUCGCCGCUACCCGGAGGCGGAGGUAGUGGCAGUAUGCUAGCCCCCCAGAGUCCGGGAAUGCUCGGCUCGGCCGGCGGCAGCAACGGCAUGAUGCACUCGCCGCUGAUGCAGUCCCACUCGCCGUUGCAUCCCUCGAACGCGGGCCUGCUGAACUCGCAGUCCCCGCUGCUGUCGAACUCACCCCUGAUGAGUCAGUACUCGCCGUAUCAGGACGUCAUACCGACGAUCCUCCCCCAGGAUGAUCCCGGUGGAUGGGGUGGCUACACGCUCGCUCCGGGACCGUAUCAGAGUGAAUUUUGUGCCUCCAACUACGGGGUGUUGCACCAGCGGCAAGCCUACGGGGGUCCCGGGGGGAAGAUGGGACCCCACUCGACGCUCAAGAGUGCCAAGGAAGCGCGCAUCCGGCGACCGAUGAACGCGUUCAUGGUGUGGGCCAAGGUCGAGCGGAAGAAGCUCGCCGACGAGAAUCCAGAUCUCCACAACGCCGAUCUCAGUAAAAUGCUAGGUAAAAAAUGGCGCUCGUUGACACCGCAGGAUCGACGACCGUACGUUGAGGAGGCCGAGCGGCUCCGGGUGAUCCACAUGACCGAGCAUCCCAACUACAAGUACAGGCCACGCCGGCGGAAGCACACGAAAGCAAGAAGCGGUGGUGGUCCGGGUACGAAUGGAACGGUGGCAGCAGCAGCCCAAGUCCAGGUGGCCAACAAUACUCAGAACGUGAGCAAUUCCUCGCCAAGCGAACUCAACUUUGACGGAGACUCGUCGCAGCGGAUGAGUCCGUACACGUACAACCCGCACUACUAUGCCGGAGCGAACAACGUGCUGAACACGCCGGAGUCAAGCCCGACGCAGAGUCCCGAACCGAUCGUGCCGGCUUCGGCGGCGAUGGUGAGUGGAGGAAGGAAACAGGGUGCGAACUCCUCGGUGGAUGUUGGUCAGAAGAUGGACGACGUGUCGUCCGCGCUGCCAACGCCGGAGAUGAGUCCGCUCGAGCUGGAGAAGGAAUCGUACAAUGGACUGCACCCGAGCCAUAGCUAUGACGAUCUGAAGAGCAAACAGAAACUCAACUACGAAAGCUACCACAACAACCACAUCAAGAGCGAACAGAAACUGCCCGCGACGUUCCCCAAUAGCUACCACGAUCAUGACGGUGAGAUCAAGCGGGAGUACAACCCGUACAUGAACUCCAGCGUGGAGAAGCGGUACACUUACGAGCCGGCCACCAGCAUGUCCAACGGAAUGCACCACGACAAGCGAGCCUAUCUGGCUGCGACGUCCGGCUCGACGACCACCACCGCCAUGGUCAACGGCAUGUACGUCAUGUGCACGAAUCGAAGCAUUCUGGACCAGGGCCACAUCGUCACCGGUACGUACUUCCCACCGCUCGCCACGUCCGAGGAUCACCAGACGCUCGGUACCACCCUAACCACCAGCCAUGUGCCGCAUCUCAGUACAAACAGCAAUAGCAGUAGCAGUAAUCACAACAACAAUAGCAACAACAACAACAACCCCGCCAGCAACGGUUCCACCCUGCCCAAGUCCAGCAAUGGACUGCUAAGCAGUGUCCACCUCGGCGGCGGCAACCCAGCCCAGAUCCCAACGUCUCAACCGUCCCAAAACUCCCUCACCGCGGAACAAAUCAACAGCUACUACGGCGUCAACUCCAUCUCGUCCGCCCUGCCCGCCUACUCGUACGCCUACAAGGACUACGGCAUCACGUACGAGACGCACCCAAUGGCCCAGGACGAGGGCAUGGACUCGCGCGAGCUGGACAAGUACCUGAAAUACCCGGACAGCAAUCACAACUUCAACAGCUACGAGUCGUACCAUUACGGCCACCCGCAAACCGAUUACUACAACUAUCACCAGCAGAACGCGUCGCUACUGGCGCAACAGCAGCAGCAGCAGCAGCAACAACAGCAAUCCCAACAACAGCAGCAACAAUUAUCGCUGGGAGCGGCAUCCCCUGCGGGAAGUAACCAUGGUUCAACGGGGACGGGUGCCGUGACCACUCCGGUGGCGCUGUACGCGGUACCGCUGCAACAUUCGCAGCUUGCUGCGCAGCAGCAACAGCAGCAACAACACCAACAACAGCAACAGCAGCAGCAGCAGCAACAGCUAGCUGCGGGUCAUCAUCCUGGUCAUCCUGCGCAUGGUAUGGCCGAUAUCUAUGUGACCAGUGAGCAGUUGAAGGAUGAUGAGUUUAGCAAUAUACUGGCUGGUGUGAGGAAGACGUGCUAUAGUAACUAGAGCAGGGGUUUGUGAGAAAAGUGGUGGAUGGCAAUGAUUCGAGUCGAUGUGGAAGAAAAGUAUACGAAAUUCUAUUUAUGGUUUGUUUUUAAAUCUUUUGAA